GUGCUUAGUGCUUAGUGCUUGGUAAGUCCUAGUGCGUGUAAGCACGGCGGCAGCGAAGUAUUGCUCCAGUAUUCGGAGUAGUAGUCAAUAGAGAAGUAAUCGCCUCUCUAAUGAGAAGUCUGUUGAUCUAAGUUACAGCUCAGGGUAGAAAUAGGUGCUUUUCUGUUGAUAUAUAACAUAAAACCGAUUGCAGGUAAAAUUCAAGUUAACUAGUGAAUUCAGUUUUUCUUGAUAGUGGUCUGUGUGGUUGAAGAAACGUUUGAUAAGACAUUUCUUAAAUCGUUUUAUACAGCUUCAAACAGGGAUUUUAUCACAGAGUCAAGAUGUCAGGAGCCACAGAACCGAAAUGGCAGAAAGACGCUGCAGACCAGAACUUCGAUUACAUGUUCAAACUGCUGAUCAUUGGAAACAGCAGCGUUGGCAAAACUUCGUUUCUGUUUCGGUACGCCGACGACUCGUUCACGUCUGCAUUCGUGUCGACGGUCGGCAUCGACUUCAAAGUCAAAACAGUUUUCAGGCACGAAAAACGCGUCAAACUACAGAUUUGGGACACAGCAGGACAGGAAAGGUAUCGAACAAUAACGACGGCGUAUUACAGAGGAGCAAUGGGAUUUAUUCUAAUGUAUGAUAUCACAAAUGAGGAAUCAUUUAAUAGCGUUCAAGACUGGGUAACACAAAUCAAGACGUACUCGUGGGACAACGCGCAGGUGAUCCUGGUAGGCAACAAAUGUGACAUGGAGGACGAGCGAGUCAUCUCGUUCGAGCGAGGGAAGCAACUCGCCGAGCAGCUCGGCAUUGAGUUCUUCGAGACCUCCGCCAAAGAAAACAUUAAUGUUAAGGCAGUAUUCGAGCGACUGGUGGACAUAAUCUGUGACCGAAUGUCGGAAAGUUUGGACUCUGACGCGAACAACAUGUUGAGCGGCUCAAAGGGCACCCGACUCACCGAGCAGGGGGGACCGCAGGGGGCGAACAACCCCAACUGCAACUGCUAAUACCCCUCAUGGCCCCCCCACCACACCAUCUCUCAAUCUGCGGCCAAUCUCAUCGCUAUUGCUGUAUUGGUGUGCGCUCGUUUUCACUGGACAAGACUUCAAAGGACGAAGACUACCCACCUCUAACAGACGAAUUUCUUAAAGAUUUAUUAUGUAACAGAUAAUUAAGGAAAUGAAAUUAUCACAUCGAUAUAAUUGAUGUGAUUUCAACGACAUGUUACCAACAUAAUAGUUACUUCAACUUCCAAUUUAAUAAUUUAUUUUACUAUCACAUUUUAUUGAUAAGAUCAAAAUUCUUUGAUCCUGUACAAUCCUCAAUACUUUAUUUUAGUUCAAGUGUCUAGUCAACUGAAUGUAUCCGUACAUGUUGUUAUCAAUAAUCUUAUCAAUAUUAUCUAUAUGACUAUUGUCAACCAGUAGUAAUCUCUCUCAAAGAGGUAUGAACUCCUCUUCCAAAAAAAAAUAUUUUUCACCAACAAUUUCCCACUAAGACUUUUGAUUAGUGAUUCAAUUAUCAAGUUAUUCGUGAAUUUUUGAACAAAUUGAUAAACUAUUCAAAAGAGGUUGCUAAACCAUUUGAAGGGAAAGCUCUAGUAUCCAACUUUGAGUGAUACCUUUGACAAAACCCAAAAAUACUCUAGAUGAUCUAAAACUCUGGGUACGGAACUUUCAAAAAUCACUGAUUAAUGAUCACAAAUCAUUGAUGUAUAAACAGAAUAAAUCGAUUUCAAAUCUUGAUGAGUCAACAAUGAAGUUUGCUGAAAUAUGCAUAAAAAAUGUGAGCGUACAGUCAAUGAUAGAGAUUAAAUAGUAAAACUAUUUUUAUUAUUCGUAAGCGCAAAGCCCGUUCAUUCACUAAGUUGUUGAUGUACUUGAAUAAUGAAUCAAUUAAUGUAGAUGUGACUUAUUUAUAUGAAAAAUAUACAUACAUUGUAAAUCUUCUUGAAUGCCUCACAAUAAUAUAAAAACUUAGAACUAAGUGUGUUAAAAAAUAAUAGAAAAGAAAUUAUUAUGAAAAAAUUAUAUUGUAAAUUGUAAAUAAGGCUCUUGAAAUAAUAAUGAUAUUAAUUAUUAUUGUAAAAUGAAUGUAAUUAACGUAACAGAUAAAAAUCUUCUAGUUUUGAAAUCAUUAUAAAUUUUUACUUUACAACUGAAACAGAAACUCUGUCAACAUGAGACCUUUUUUUAUCUUGGAACUUGAUUAAUAACUGUUAUUACCGUACCAUAAAUAACUAUAUUAUUUAUUUGUAAAUCUUGCUGGAAAUAUUUGUGUGCAGAAUAAUAAUUAUAAAUGGUGUGUUAACAAUCCUGUAUGUUAUAUAUGGAUAUAUUAUAAAAAAUAGGGUAGAAUGAAUUUAAUAAGUGUGUGAAUUUAGAAUGGAUGACGAAUGAGUGUUGUACAUACCGGUCACCUAUGAAAAUCAUGAUAAUUAUAUGUCAAGUAGAUUUUGAAUGUCUUAGUUGUGUUUUUACUUAGAAGAAUGGUUCUUCUGUUUUUUUUUUUUGUACACUAAUUUUCUCGUUAGUCGAUAAAAACUUUUAAACUUCCUUGUCAGUCAGCUUGAAAUAGUUAUUAUUUUGUGUACAAUGUUACAAUCGGUAUUAAUAAGGCAAUAAGAAAAGAAAUUUAUUGCUUUCUAAUUAUUGUCUCUCACACUAAUCAUCCUUCUUUGAUCAUAUUUUUAUUGACUAACUUUCAACAAUUCAACAAUCAAUAUGAAUAAAUUCAAAUAAUGCAGGAAGCAUUAUUGUAUCAAAUUAUGUAAUUUCAUAGACUAAUAAAUAUUCUGGUUGCAAACUCAUUGAAAUGUAGACUAAAAAUUGAAACGUUAAUUUUGAAACUAAUUGAAAUCGAAAAUGUAAAUUUUUUAUUUAAUUUUAGUUUUAAUGAAAUCGAAUGAGGGUUGUCUGAUAGUGAAUAUUUUUAACAAUACAAAAUAAAAGACUAUAAGAAAUGUUUUCUAAUAAUAAAAACAGUCGACUAAACAAAGAAAACAGGAUUAAUCAGGUAAAACAGGCAAAAAUCUUCUUUUUUCUAUGAUAUUCGAACUAAUAUUUAUAUUUUCUCUUACAUGUCCUGCAGCACAAAAAUACAAUACCUUUUCAAUUGAAAGUGUGUGACCAAUAGUAUGUACUCAAUUUAUUUCCUUUUUCUUCUCUUAAUUUUUAAUUUACCUAAAUGUACGGACGGCUCACUAUUUAGACAUUUCAUAAGUAUUUUGUAGACAAAACAUUUCUCUAGCUCUAUGAAGUCUUUUACACUGUCAAAAUUAUAAAUUCUACAGAAUCCAUGAAUUAAAAACUUGAAUGGGUACCGUACCUAAACUUGAAAAGUUGAAAUUGAAGUAUUCAAUUGUAUCUCUACUUCAAAUGAGAAGGAGGCUACAAAACCAUUAAAGAAUGUUGAAUACGCUACUUAAUAUGGGUUAUAUGCUACAUGCAUAAAAAUAUAAGUUGCUUUGGUUAUUGGUUUAAAAUAAAUGGAUAAUUUUACUGAAACUUUAAAGUGAAAAUUGGAAGAGCCAGUUUGAUAAUUAUUAAUAAUUGAGGAGAAUAGAUAACUCUUGAGCAGGUAACUAUUUUUCAUGUAUUCACAUAAUAAGUACCUAUAGGAAUAAAUGGGAAUUUGUCUGAUUUGUAAAAUAAAAAUCGAAUUUAGAACCUGUCUUAUGUUCAUGAUAGUAUCGAUGACUAAUUUAUUAUAAAAAUCAUAAUUAUUUCAGUUUUAAUCUAUAAACUCAGUUUUGUGAAUAGAAUUGUGUUUCCACAAAUAAAAUUAACAAGCACUAACAUUAGCUCCAUUUUUUAGAAGUUAGUAUUUUUCAAAUGUAUAAAUAAUAAUUACGUUCGAUACCAAAAACUCAGUUCUCCCACCAUUUAGGGUGGGGGAUUAUUUUCCUAAUCGUCUAACAAUAUAACAAAUUGUCAAUGUGUCAAAAUUGGAGCUUACUCUGUGUUAAAAGGCAUCUAUCUCAAUGUAGCUUAUCUGUAUCCAAAUUGCAAAGCUGAGUAGCCUUAAAAGUAGGAUAAAUAUAUUUAUCAAUCCCUUCCUAUAUUUUCAUCCCUCUCUGUCCAAAAAUAUAUUGUCACCCGAGCUUUAAAUAUGUAUUCAAUACUUCCAAAACAGAAUUAUAUUGUAAUACAUUACUUCAAAUGUGUGACUUUUUUGAAACUAUCAUGUAAACCAAUCUUCAUGGCCUAAAAUCUGAACCAAAUAAAUAUUCUGCUAUCUCAACUUCAGCUUUGCCUUUCUUCACUAUUCUAGUCAAAUUUCACUUCUGAUUUUGCCGUGAAUAGAAUAAAUUGUAUGUAGUAGAUAGGAUAACGUAGGGUAUUAGAAAAUUGAUAAAUUUUAAUAAUAAUUGAGAGCGAAAUCUUCAGAUUAAAUGGACAUGGAGUAAAAUUGUGAGAUCUACAAUAAAUUUGACAAUACUUUCAUUUCUCCUAAAUUCUCAUUUCGCUCGAAACAAACCAAUGCACAGUUUUUAUUAGAAUUUUAUAGUGUUUCAGGAAUAUCUGCAUCAAAGUAUUCAGCGCAUGUGCUCUUUCAUCAUAAUUGAGAAAAAAAUAAAAUAACUCAGGGUUAUUAUAAGCAUUGUGGGUGUAGUGGCGGUCCCUUCAAAAUUACUUGAAAAACUGAAUUUUAUAAUUCAGUAUUUCUAUAAAAAAAAUUGAAAAAUGUUACUAGUUUGUUAGGUAAGUCAGUAAUCUAAUUACUGGAAGAAACUCAAAAUUCAAA